GCUUCUCCUCGGGUUGAUUUAAAGAUGGCGGCGCUUCUUGACGCCGCGGACAGCUCGGUGUUUUUCGCGCCAUUGUGUGGUUUUGCCGCCGUUAACCCCGAACAGAGAGCUUCGGUUUAGACGUCACGAUGAGCAGGUUACCGUGCAGUGUUUCCGGAUGCCUCGUGUGAACCGGACGGCCGUUUUAUCGCUGCUGAUCGUCAGCAGCUCUGUGUUCCUGCUGUUCCAGCUGUAUUACUACAGGAAGUACGUCAGCAAGCCUGGCCCUCACAUCCUGAGCAGAACAGGUCACCUGACCGCCAGCGACGUCCAAUGGCAAACAGUGAAGAAGUUUCUGGCUUUAGCUCAGCACUUCAGGCUGCCGCUGUUCCUCGCCGACACCGCCGCACUUACACUGCUCUCCCAGGAUUCUUUGCGGCAGCGCGACCGGCUGGUGCGUGAGCCGCACUGCAGCUUCCUGUGCACCGUCAGGCCAAUCACGUCCUUCGCUCUGCACGCCAACCUGUGGAAGUAUGACCCCGGCUUCCUAUCAGCCGCUGAGCAGAAAGGCUUCGAGCGGCUGGAGCUGCGAGGAGAGGACCCGCGAUUGGCCAGUCUGGACACCCUAUCAGGAGAGGAGAUCCCCCUGCACUUCCUGUUCCGCCUCCACGGUUACAUCAUCCAGGUGGUGUUCCUGUACGAGCGGAGCGGGAACUACCUGUGGCACGGAGCGCUACGCCUCAAAGCCAACAUGGACCGAAGCUUCGCUCCCUUCAAACUCCUCGACUACGGACGCCAUGCUGGAGCUUACGACAGGCCGGAGCUGGUCCUGACGGUCCUGGACGGCCUCGACGUUCGAAUCCCGCGCAACGUUUCCCGCUUUCUGUCCGAGCAGCGACACGCCCGCUUCCUGGAGUGCCGUUACCGCGACGCCCGCAACUUCCUGCAGCUCUACCCUGAUGAUCCGUCUCCGGAGGCGGUGGAUUUUCGGAGGAAAGUGAAGUCGUUGCUGCAUUUGGCCGCCCGAACACUUGCUCACCUCGACAUCCCCUUCUGGCUCAGCAGCGGCACCUGUCUGGGCUGGUUCAGGCAGUGCAGUAUUAUCUCGUACAGUCGUGACGUCGAUAUCGGGAUUUUCAUCGUGGACUUCAGGUCGGACAUCAUCGCAGCGUUCAGGGACGCCGGCCUGUCGCUCAAACACAAGUUUGGAAAGGUGGAGGACAGUCUGGAACUUUCCUUUCUGAGUGACGACGUCAAACUGGAUGUUUUCUUCUUCUACGAGGACGGAGACAUCGUGUGGAACGGAGGAACGCAGGCGAAGAGCGGCAGAAAGUUCAAGUACGUUUUCCCUCGUUUCUCGCUCUGCUGGGCGGAGCUUCUGGAGCUGAAAGUUCGCGUUCCAUGCGAAACGCUCGACUACGUGACGGCGAACUACGGUGCCACCUGGAGCGUCCCAGUGAGGAGCUGGGACUGGAAGUCGUCGCCUAGCAACGUGCAGGAAAAUGGGGUGUGGCCUCUGGCGGAGUGGGCGGAGCUUAUCCAAGUUUACUGAGGAAACGUGACUGAAAAUUAAAUCAACACUGAAACUACAAAUAAACACAAAGUGAAAGAA